GCGGCACGCGGCGCGAGCCCGAGCUGCUCUCUGCUCUUUGCUGUGUCAUCGCUUACAACACUUCAGUGUAAACAACGAUGGCUGCCCUGCGCAGGCUUGUCCCUUUAUUCGCUAACAGCUUUAAAACAGGGACUCUUACGACGCGGAAACAACACACGUCCUCGAAGGCGACAAAAGCGGUGAAAGUUGUCGCCGCUGGAGCGUGCGUCACUGCCGCGGCCGGUGCUGCUUUUUACUGCUCGUGUGUCGCUAGGCGCUCCGGGUUGAAGAGCCAUGUCGAAGCUCGACUAUUUCACCUGGCGUUACCAUCAGUUUCAGCUACCGACAAGGCCCGGAGCUAUGGUCUGGAUGAUGGAGAUGUGUACAUGUCGUCCUAUGAAAACAGAUUUCGCCUGUUCAGCUCGGUGGAGUACGAGGGCCAGCUCUACAUGACGCCACUCAACUUCAUUGAGUCCGUCACUUUGAAUGAACCUAAGAGGAGGAGAGCAUGGAAGUCCCUCACAAAACAGGACUUAGACAAGAUGCUGGCUGAUACUCCGCCUGUUUGGAAAGGAUCUUCUAAUUUGUUCAGAAAUCUUCGUGAACGAGGUAUCCUCAGUUACACAGAGUACCUUUUCCUGCUCUGCAUUUUAACAAAGCCCCAUGCAGGCUUCAGGAUUGCUUUCAACAUGUUUGAUGCAGAUGGCAAUGAGAUGGUGGACAAAAGGGAGUUCUUGGUGCUGGAAGAAAUUUUCCGUACGAAAAAGCACAGAAAGGAAGUUGCUGAAGACGUGGAAAGAUUUGAUGAGAAGAGCCUGCAGCUGUACGGUCAACACAAAUCCCAGCAGCACAGAGUUUUUACAAAAGACAGUCAGCAUGCGGAGGCCCGGGGCAUGUGGGAUGUUCUCAGACGUGGCACGAGUCAAGUUCUGUUUUCUGAUCUCACUGAGCAUGUGGAUGACAGAAAAGAGACAACGCUGCUGGUGCACUUCUUUGGGAAAAAAGGCAAAGCUGAGUUGAAAUUUGAAGACUUUUAUGAGUUCAUGGACAACCUGCAGACAGAGGUGCUUGAGAUAGAGUUCCUCUCCUACUCCAAAGGCCUGCCCACCAUCAGCGAGGAAGAUUUUGCUCGGAUCCUCCUUCGCUUUACCAAAGUGGACGACGUCAGCGAGUAUUUGGAGAACGUGCGCCACAGCCUGCCGGACGAAAAGGGAAUCACCUUUGAGGAGUUCAGGUCCUUCUUCCAGUUCCUAAACAACCUGGAGGAUUUUGCCAUCGCCAUGCAAAUGUACAACUUUGCCAACCGUUCCAUUGGUCAAGAGGAGUUUACCCGCGGCGUCUACGUUGCUACGGGCAUCAAGCUGACCCGCCACCUGGUCAACACGGUCUUUAAGAUCUUCGACGAGGAUCGCGACGAUAAACUCAGCCAUAAGGAGUUCAUUGGCGUCAUGAAGGACCGGCUGCACCGCGGUGGCGGGGGCAUCAGAGUGGAGGAGAAGUUCACCUCUUUUAAGUCCUGCAUGAAGAAGGAGCUUUCAGGAAAAUAGGUGAAAAUCCGUCAUCAGUGCAUGUCUCAACUGGACGAGCUGUGCGUCCUCUGUGCUCCCUAUCAGGACAGAAGGACAUGCCAAGUCAGCUAAUAAGCUGAACUGUUCACAUCGUCUCACGAGGAAAACGGCCGUUAACCUUCUUUGAUG